CACCAACUGCUUAUUGCGGCUGCUGGCUUGCUGAACGGUCGGUCCUGUUCACACCUCCGUGUCAGGGGCCCGCCUCUCUAUUCACCCCCCCGGGAGCUCUCCCGUGUCUCUCUGAGUCUGUGCUGAGUCCACCUAAUUGGAAUUAACGGCCCCCCCCAUCCCUGGGGCCAAGACCACUGGCCUUCCCGCCCAGUAAAUAAAGCAACAGCAAGCCAUGUACGCUCCCGACUACGGCUUUUCCAAUGUUCCUCCAACCUUCAACAACGCCGCCCCACAUCCCAGCCAAAACCUUCAUCUGCAACCGGGCGCUGUUCCAACCCAACCGGGUCAGCCGAUGAUGUACAACCCUAACCAGUUCUCCGGUAUGCCUGGCGCCCAGGGUGGCUUUCCUGGCGCUGGAGCCCCGAAUCCCGCCAUGAUGUCGGGCCCUGGGCCUGCAGCAGCCAUGAUGCAGACGACCGCCAUGCCGCACAUGCCCACUAAUGGACAGAUCCCGUAUCAGAAUCACCAGUUCCAAGCCAAUGCCUACGGCGGCAAUCUGCCGACGUCGGCGGCGCAACAAUUCCCCUCUAAUUACAUGGCCGGCGGCGGUAUGCCUGGCUUCCCCAUGAACGCCGCGAUGAGUCCACAACGGCAACAGCAGCAUCACCAACUUCAACAACAGCAACAGUUGAUGCAGCAGCGUAUGCAACAGCAACAGCAACAGCAUCAACAACAACAACAUCAGCAGCAGCAGCAGCAGCAACAACAACAACACAAGCAACAUCAUCAACAACAACAACAACCGCAACAAUCACACCAGCCACAACAACAACAGCAGCAAGCUCUACAGCAGCAACAUCAGCAACAUCAGCAACAUCAGCAACAUCAGCAACAUCAGCAACAUCAGCAACAUCAGCAACAGCAGCAAGCUCUACAGCAGCAACAUCAGCAACAUCAGCAACAGCAGCAGCAACACCAGCAGCAACAACAUCACGCCGGUGCUGGCGGCCUGGCCACCCCACAAAGGCCACCGAGUAUCGCCCAAGGGACACCGAACAGUAUGGCGCACUCGCAAGGUCAACAUCAGCACCAACAACAGCAGCAGCAGCAGCAAGCGCAGCGUGCAACGCCACAGCCUCCCUCAAACAGCCAGACCCCGACGAACCAGCAAGCACCCACGAGCCAUGCCACAACACCUCAGACGCCUACUUUCCCUUCCCACUCACAAAACGCCAACGUCAACGGCUCAUCGACUGCUUCUACACCUCUCAGCCCUGGUGCCGAGUCGAGGGAAAAGGAGAAAUUCUCUUUGCUGCUCAGUAUCAACCAGGAGUUGCUCUACGAGUCGAUACAGCUGCAGCAGGUGAUGCAAGACAUGAAGAAAGAGGCGGCUGCGGCGGCUGGAGAAGGGGCCGGCGGAACCGACCAGAACAGGAAGCCCACACCAGAAGAAGCCAUGGCGCACCAUGACUAUACCCAGUGCAUGCGCCGGCUACAGGGAAACUUGAGCUAUUUGGCUGCUCUGGCUGAUCGCAAAGCGUCUGUCCAGGUCCCACCCUAUCCCACGUAUCUUACACCACCGCCGCUCAACAUGAACCUGAAGAUCAAGAAUCCACCGGCCGGGUCCGACUCGAACGACAGGAGGAUAGAUCCAACCGCGGAUCGGGAGGAGAGAAUAAAGCUGAUAACGGACCUAUACACGAAACUGCAGUCUCUGUUUCCCGGCGUCGACGCCAAGAGGGAAUCGAUGUACCAGGCCCAGCGCCCGCAAGGGCAAGGCCACCCGGGUACUGGUCAAGUUCAAGGGCAGAGGAUGCUGGGACUGCAGGGGAGUCCCGUCGUUUCCCAUUUUCAGGGCCCCACGCAAGCGCCUGCUACCACAAGUGAUCACCAACCUUCAGCGGCGGUUCCCUCAUGACCUUUGAGAACCGACCAUAUGGUGGCUGUGCUGCUGCCCGCCCGUACUGCCUGUGUAACGUACAGUCUUGCUGCCAGCGAGCGUGUCUGUCUGGGGGUAAAUCUAUGAUCGAUACCAAUGCUGCGAGAGGCGGAAAGGCCACCAAGAACACGCAGCGAUGCAGAGGAAAAUUGUCGGAAAAUCGGGAUUCAUGGCCUAUGGCGUUGAGGAAACUUUUGGUAUAUGUGCAUGAAACUCCAAUAUGGAGUGGGUGUUUUGUGUAUCCCGUGGGAACGUAUUUCAUUCAAGAUAGUAGUAUGCGUCAUAUCGGCGG